AUGUCCGAUGAACAUAUAGAACCAAAAUUGCUUGAUAUGCCAGUGGAGAUUGCUGAGCAAAUAUUGGAAAAGCUUCCGUUUCCUGUAGCGCGUUCGUAAAGUGUGUCGAAGUUUGAGAACCGUUGUUGAUAAACUCGUGUUUCCAGUUCAUAAAAUCGAUUUUCAUAUGUAUGAUAAUCAUGUUUCUACGAACUUUGACAAUCUCCUAACCAAAUACACUGAUGCAUUGAACAACGUAACAACUGUCACUUACAGGAAACAAGACAAGCGCAUUGAAGGUGGAAAUUUCGUGAAGAUUGCGUUCAAGGAUUUGGAAUUGUUAUUAAAUCGCGUGUACAGACUACAUUUUGCAAUCAACGCCAAAAAUAAGACGGCACACGACUUUGUCACACCUCUCAUGGAAGUAUUAAAAGCUAAAAAAUGUGUUCACGCAACGGAAUUAACUUUCUGGAGUUUCUCAUUCAACGACAUUAUUUCGAUUCUCCAGUUUUUUGAUGAUCAAGUACUGAAAAGAAUUGAGAUUUUGUGUACUGAAAGAAUUGAUCAUAUCGAACGAAUAUUUGAUUUACCUCAAUGGAAAAAUGCAAGCAACUUUGAACUGCGAGGCACUGUAUUCAACCAUGAACAUAUUGAACAGCUGUUUCAUUUCAAAGAGUUCCAAAUCGCAUUAGAUGAAUUCUCUAUUCAAGAUGCACGCAAAUUAAAAGAUGAUCUUAUGGAAAGAAGCACAUUCCAAAAAUGCACGAUCAGUGAGUUUCCCAAUGGAAAUCGAAUCGAGAUUGUGAGAGUUUUUUGGCCUGAAUACAAUGGAAAUUACCAUCACAACAACUUUAUACAUUCAUUUGACAGUUCCAGUUUUCGUAUUAUCUGUGACCAUUAUUUUUAUGGGAACACUUUGAAAUGGGAAUUCACGAUUGAAAGAUUGUGA